CAUUCUUCUAAUUAUACACUCGGCCCUCUCGCCAUGGAAAACUGCACAGUUCUGCGUGAAAUAACACAAAGCAUAUGGACGUUCUCCCGCCCAUUUUCUCGUUUUGGAAUUCUACCUAUCGGCGGGCGCUCGACUGCGAUCAAGUUACGCAACGGCGGGGUUUGGGUUCUAGCUUCUACCACUUUGGAUGCGGAUACCAAAGCGAAAAUCGAUGAACUGGGGCCAGUCCAGUAUAUCGUCGGCGCAGAUGCCGUUCAUCAUCUGUUUUUGGGCGAAUUCAAACGUGCAUAUCCGUCUGCGAAACUUAUUGCGCCAGCAGCCGUCCUAGAGCGCACUAACGAUAAGUCGUUGCAAUUCGACGGUGUCUGGGGACGGGAUCCGCCAGAGACUAUAUAUGGCUUCGAAGAUGAUAUCAAGGCUUGCUACUUUAGCGGGUUUAAGAACAAGGACGUCGCUUUUUUCCAUCUCGCGUCGAAGACUAUGAUCGAGGCAGAUCUGUUGUUUAACCUUCCUUGCACCGAGCAGUACUCCAAGACCAAAUCAUCCGGCUCUUUGCCGCUCUUGGGCAGUUUCGGGCCCUACUCCUGGUUGACACAGAAGUUUGCCUCCGCAAUGGGCGAGGAUAAGGCUGCUAUGAAGCGCGACGUCAGGACCGUGGCAGGCUGGGACUUCGCUCGCAUUAUUCCAUGCCAUGGCGAUGUUAUUGAGACUGGGGGUAAGGAGGCGUGGUUGGAAGCGUACAAGGUGUAUUUGGACUGA